AGCUCUCAAGGCAAAGUAUUCAAGUUCUUUUUCAAUGGUAGGACGGUACACUGUGCUGGAAAUACUGCAGUUCUUUCGUUAAAAAUGUGGAGACUUUUAAUGUUUCCCAGCAGAAAACAAAGGAAAGCGGGAAACGAGCUGCCAUGGAAAGAGAACCUCCAUAAUGAUGAGUUUGAAAAGGAUGAAGGUAUUGUGAAAGAAAUAGAUAUAAGCAACCACGUGAAGGAAGGCUUUGAAAAAGCAGACCCCUCUCAGUUCGAGCUGCUCAAAGUGUUGGGCCAGGGUUCUUAUGGGAAGGUUUUUCUUGUCAAGAAAAUAAAAGGCUCUGAUGCUGGUCAGCUGUACGCCAUGAAGGUGCUGAAGAAAGCUACUCUGAAGGUGCGUGAUCGAGUCAGAUCCAAAAUGGAACGUGACAUUUUAGCGGAAGUGAAUCAUCCCUUUAUAGUAAAGUUGCACUAUGCAUUUCAGACCGAGGGGAAAUUGUAUCUCAUCUUAGAUUUUCUAAGAGGUGGUGAUCUUUUUACAAGACUAUCCAAAGAGGUGAUGUUUACAGAAGAAGAUGUGAAAUUCUAUUUAGCUGAGCUGGCCUUGGCUUUAGAUCACCUCCACGGCCUUGGAAUAAUUUACAGGGACUUGAAACCAGAAAAUGUACUUCUGGAUGAAGACGGCCACAUCAAGAUAACGGAUUUCGGGCUGAGCAAGGAGGCCGUCGACCAAGAUAAGAGAGCCUAUUCUUUCUGUGGGACGAUAGAGUACAUGGCCCCUGAAGUAGUUAACCGACGAGGUCACGCACAAAGUGCAGACUGGUGGUCCUUCGGAGUUUUAAUGUUUGAGAUGUUAACCGGAUCACUGCCUUUUCAAGGGAAGGACAGAAAGGAAACCAUGGCACUUAUCCUCAAAGCCAAGCUGGGAAUGCCACAGUUCUUGAGCCCAGAAGCCCAGAGCCUUUUGCGAGCACUUUUCAAGCGGAAUCCUUCCAACAGACUAGGUGCGGGGCCUGAUGGAGUGGAGGAGAUCAAGCGUCAUCACUUCUUUGGAACUAUAGACUGGAAUAAGUUAUACAGGAAAGAGAUCAAACCACCAUUUAAACCCGCUGUAGGAAGACCUGAGGACACAUUCCACUUUGACCCUGAAUUCACGUCAAGAACACCAACUGACUCGCCUGGCCUGCCUCCGAGUGCCAACACACACCAGCUUUUCCGAGGCUUCAGCUUUGUUGCCACCAAUCUGGGCCAGGAUCAAUCACAAUCCGAAUCCCGGAAGCUCAUCGAGCAUUCUAUUGUGCAGCAGUUACAUGGGAACAGCAUUCAUUUCACUGAUGGCUACGAGCUAAACGAGGAUAUUGGUGUUGGGUCGUAUUCAGUAUGCAAGCGGUGCGUUCACAAAGCCACGUCAGUGGAGUAUGCCGUCAAAAUUAUCGACAAAAGCAAAAGAGAUCCAUCAGAAGAAAUUCAAAUAUUACUGCGAUAUGGACAGCAUCCAAACAUCAUUACCUUAAAAGAUGUGUAUGACGAUGGGAAAUAUCUGUAUCUUGUCAUGGAACUUAUGCGAGGAGGAGAGCUUCUUGACCGGAUUCUGAAACAGAAGUGUUUCUCGGAGAGAGAAGCCAGUGCUGUGCUUUACACCAUUACAAAGACUGUGGAGUACCUGCAUUCUCAAGGAGUUGUCCAUCGAGACUUGAAACCAAGUAACAUUCUGUACGUGGAUGAUUCGGGAAAUUCAGAUUCCAUCAGGAUCUGUGAUUUUGGUUUUGCAAAGCAGCUUCGGGCAGAGAAUGGCCUACUGAUGACCCCUUGUUACACGGCCAACUUUGUAGCACCCGAGGUACUAAAGAGGCAAGGAUAUGAUGCGGCCUGUGAUAUCUGGAGUUUAGGGAUUUUACUAUACACUAUGUUGGCAGGGUUCACACCAUUUGCAAAUGGACCAGAUGACACCCCGGAGGAAAUCUUAGCACGCAUCGGAAGUGGGAAAUACGCCCUCACUGGUGGGAACUGGGACACUGUUUCUGAUGCUGCCAAGGAUAUGGUGUCUAAAAUGCUACACGUCGACCCUCAUCAACGGCAUACAGCAAUGCAGGUACUGCGACACCCAUGGAUUGUGAAUCGGGAAUUCCUAUCACAGAGUCAGCUUAACAGGCAGGAUGCUCAGUUGGUCAAGGGUGCAAUGGCUGCCACCUACUUUGCUUUAAACCGUACACCUCAAGCACCAAGACUAGAACCUGUGUUGGCUUCAAACCUGGCUCAGCGACGAGGCAUGAAGAGAUUGACUUCUACAAGACUAUAACAGUUGCCGUGAAGCAGCUCUAGGAAACCAAGAGUAUUUUUUUAUGUAAAAACAGAUAAUGGAUAAUAUGGACCUUCAUGACCAAUAAGUGACCACAAACGACCCAACGUACUCAUAGAGGUUGGGCCUAGAUUUGUCCAACUGUUGUUCAAAAACAGAUUAAAAAGAGACAUUGUAAAGGAUUAAGAGGAGACGACAGGAACACAUUUUUUUUCAAAAUAAUAGGCUUUCUUAUUUUUUUGCCUCAUAACAUUAGAAAAUGUGUGGCAAAAUGUGUGGUAAAACUACGCUUAACUCUUUCCUGAUUGACGAGAGAACAAUGCCCAUCUGAGGGGCUUGAAUGAAACAUGCGCGCUAGGGGCUCUAUAUACAGUAUGGCUCUUUCCUUACCCCUUGAUUCCGCUUCAAAAGGUAAGGUUUUAAAUGUGAGCCUAGCCCAUUACACUCAAGUCCUACUGGGCCCAAGAAGACUGUGUGGGUCUCCUGUUUGCAUUUGGAAGUUGGAAUCUGUUUCAGUGAGAUGAUAAUGGACUCAUUAAGUUGACAGUGCUUUCUUCAUUGAGACGUUCUCAUGUUUUGUAAUUGUAAAUUUUUAAAUGUCCCAACACAAUGUGAAAUAGAACAAAGCACAAUAUACUUUCAAGGUGUGGAAGGUCCUAAGAAGUUUGUAAUUAAUGGUGAGUCUUUGUGCAGUAGAAUGAGCUAGACCAUGCCACAGUAAAUAUGUACGAGCUAACAUAGAUUUGUUUCUAAGCGCCAUAAAAUACACUUUGCACUAGAUAUUGCCUUGAUCUGUGGUGCUUUACAACCUGCAUAAGUUGUUGUAAAGGAAUGAUACAACUUAAUAUGGUAU